UUCUUUGGCAUGUCCUUUUCUUUACCGAGAGUAUCAAAUAACACCCACGAGAGCUCCCUCCACCCUUUUACAUAAUGAUGAGCAUGACUCCAGACGAGCUGGCGAGAGUCCUCGAGACCUUUGCGGCCGAAAUACGGCAGGAGAUUCGUAAAGACACUAGAGCCAUAGAAGUCAACAUACGACACGAGGUACUGGCGAACCAACUCAAAACACGGCAUGAGUUGAUGGAGGCGCAAAAGGAGUUACGACAUGACUUGGCGAAAAUACGGCACGAUUUACAAACCCUAGCCCACGGGAUCGAGAUGUCCCAGGAAGUGCCCAACGACAAGCUUGAGGCCCUGAACAAGGUGGUAUCUGCUACAGGAGAUAAAUUUUAUGAGAUGGGGCUGCUAUUAACGUUGGAAGUGGAAGUGGAAGAGGUUUGUUUCCCUCAGCCCAUAUAGUCUAGCAGGUAUAGACA